GUCGGUGCUUCAAAAUCCCAUAUCAAACAACUUACGUACCAGCCAAAAAACAGAACAGAAGACGUUUUAUCUACAGGAGAAGCAAAUGAAACCUAGGAGGCUUCUCUGAACGCAAGAUCUCUGAUUUAUCUUAUAUAUGGAGUUUCAGUUGCCUACCAAUCAUCGCUGUAAUAAGAGAGAAUAUAUAGCUUUAUUUUUUUCUAAUUUAAAUUUUAUUUACAUAUAAUCCAAAUUUCUUCAAAACAUUAUCAUGCCCAUCCCUUUCAAUCUAUUCCCUUCUGCUUACCCUUUCUCUUUCUUCUGUCUCAUCUUCUCCCCCAAAAAGAGAAAAGGAAUUAGGAAUAUAAAUUCUCUCACUUAUCAUUAUUCUAUACAUCACUGUGCAUCCUCAGACAUCAAGUCCUAGAGCUCCUGUCUCAGGUGUGUUUUUAACUUGGUUUGGUCAGAUAAAGGCACUGGAGAAAGGCAGACUUCUGGUGUAUACAAGCAGGAGCUUGGUUUUGAAAGUAGCUUACUUGUUUGGUGACUGCCUAAGCAUAUUGUAAGAAGAAAUAGUUCUUGUAUAAAAGUAUUAAAUCAUAGUAUGAUGGAAGUUUGAUAGCCUCCUAUGUCAGACUGAAAAACUCUAUGUAGCUAUUACCCUCAACGAUUUCUUGCUUCAUUUUUGUGUGGUGACUCUCCGGCUCAGCUUCAGUUCUUGAAACAACUAUUGACGGUAUAUCCAACUUAGUGUGCUUCAUUUUUGUGUGGUGACUCAGCUUCAGUUCUUGAAACAACUAAUGACAGUAUAUCCAACUUAGUGUCUAUAUUUGCACAUGUGGAGCUUCAUUUGUUCAUAAAUAUAUCUUAUUGGACUAGGAGACAACCUUUCUGUUGCCAGAAGAAAAUAGCUAACACGGGUGCUCUUUGUUGUGUGGCCGCUGGGCCACUUGGAGCAAAGUCACCUACAGGUGGUAGGGACUCUUUGAACAAUCAUGAUGAACCUCAUUGGUGUACAAACUCUAGUUUCUCACCUCCUCCAUUGAGGAUGUGGGGUUGCAGAUUACAAUCAGAUGUUUUAUGCCAUGGAUCUUGUGGAAUUAAUGGUUCCUGGCUGUCCUCAAACAGAAGCAGAAGUGGGGUUGGAUGUGAGCAGUUAACCAAUCAUCAUCAUUCUAUUUCUGAUGAGGUGCUCUCUUAUUCUGAUAGCCUGCAUGAUAAUGUUCAGGAACCCAGGUGGACAUCGCCAGUUCAAAAGUUUAAUUUAGGCAACGUUGCUACCUCAACUUCGGGAGGAUCAAGAUCUCAGACCUCUAGGUUAAGGUUUCCUUCCACUGAGAGGCGAUUUGCUGUUAGAGCUACUACAGUAUCCCCUAGUUUUGCAUCUCCAUCCUCACUUUAUGAGUCCAGCCCUUGGGGAUCAACUAGCAAACGGCCUUUUGCUUUCUCUAAUUGCAACUUUCCAAGCCGACGCUCUUACAUGUCAAAAGCUGUUUACCCUCUAGUAUUCCGCAACCUUGUGUCAGAUUGUGAAACCUUUGAUGAUGUUGGUAUCAGCAAUAUUGGUAGGUUGACACCGGGUGAGGAUCUGACAUCACCAUCUUGUUGGCUUGAUAACAGUUCAAGUGUUGAGUACAAGUUCCACAAAAUCCUCACUGAACUUGAAAGUUUGGAGACAUCACCAGACCCCAGUGCAAGCUCUAGAAGAGAGGGAUUUAGGUGGAGCGGUUCCACUAGUUAUGAUCUGGGGCUUGAUGGUGACUUGUUUGAUGUGGCAGAGCCUAUGGACAUGGAGAGUCUGAGGUCGUCUAGCAGUGCUGUGCCAGAUCAGAAGUGUGGAGUUUGUGGAAAGCUUUUACGAGAAAAGUCUCCCUGGAGUUCACGUCGAAUAAUGAGAGGUGGUGACUUGCCUGUUGCUGGGGUGCUAUCCUGCAGUCACGUGUUCCAUGCAGAAUGCUUAGAACAAGCUACUCCAAAGACCCAGAUACAUGACCCUCCUUGUCCCUUGUGCUUGAAAUCCAUAGGAGCACUUGAAGAAUCCCUAUCAGUCUCAGAGCCCCUGCAGGUGGCCCUACGACGGAGAAAUAGAGGGGUGGUGAUAUCUGAAGCCCAAGGGAGUCGCAAUAGUAAUGAAGCCUGUACUCACAUCAAGGGCAGGUUGAGAAAAAACUGGCUUCGAGCAGUUCAACCACAGAGUGAGAAUGGUUCUUCAUUAACAAACCGCCUUAAAAGGCAUUUCACAUUAAGGGGGAAGGUUGGUUAAGGUAAUCUCACUACUGAGGUAUUUCACAAGAUGGGUUCCUCUUCUCGUGAGGAACAAGUUCAAAGCCAAAUGUCUAUGCAGUAAUCUCAUGUAUGAAUCCAAUUAAGUGCAAGAAGAUUUGAAUAUUGGAUCCUUGGUGAACACUCUCUCUUCAAGAUAUUUUCUAACUUAUUUGGGUUCACUUUUCUGAUCUAUAAUUAAGAACCCUUGUGGGUGCACUUAUUCCAUUAUAUAAGCUGUAAAACAUCGUCAUUCUGAGCUAACUAUGAGAAAAGCUAUGUCUCCCUCUGUUAUUGUAUAUUAUUAUUACCGUUGUUAUUAUUAUCAAGCGGCGUUGCAGGCAGUUUUAGAGAGUUGAA